UGUCUGCCGCACCUUGGACUCAGGUGGAUGCCAAUCAACAUCCUUGUGCAGCUGGCACCUGAAGGAACCAGGAAGUGGAGGCCAGGGAGCGCAGCUUGCUGCAGAGGAGAUCGGCUGGAAGAAGUGCUCUGGGAGAAGCGCUCGGAGUGGUCCCAAGAUCAGACCGCAGGGGAAACUCGGAAAGGAACCAAAAAUGGGAUCUGAAGGUCAAAACUUGGGAGAGGAGUUCAACAACCAGUUCAAUGACGUCCUGAGCAGACUGGCAACCAAACAGAUGUUCCAGUCAGACUGGGACAUUGCUGCCUUCGCCAUCUUCUUCAUCUUCAUUGGUACCGUACUGUUGAUGGUUCUCCUGGCUCUGAUCCAUUGCUGCUGCUGCUGCUGCUGCGACUCCCAGGGAUCACACAAGAAGGUCCCCAGAAAGAAAGUGGGCAUUGAUAACAAGGCCAUGGAGCCAUAGCCCCGCCUCCUCCCUUGGACAGACUGAUUCUGGAGCCAACGGGCAAAAGACUCUUCUUUGCUUGCUUCUUUCUGCUACACAGCAAUCAACUGCAGAUCUAACUCUUUGCGUUAAUUUUGAGUGCUGGCCUGGUGGGGCCCUGGGCUCACACAGCUGUGCUGCACUGGCUCCAGCACUUGUUCUUCCUUCUCUGUGCACAACGGAUGAAGAUUAAAAGGAACUCCUAUGAUGCUGAAUAAGAAUAGCACCUACAGCAAUCUCACACUGUACAAUUAGACCCACUGUUCCUCAAACCACAGGGCCGAAGUUGCUCAUCAGCCUAGGGUAAGCAGAGGAAGUCUGCCCCCUUGUGGUAGAGUACUGUACAUAACAGGGAGUUCACACCUUCCAAGGCCACUACUGGCAUCAGGGAUUGCAACUAGAUGGGCCAUUGGGCUGGUCCUAAAAGGCAACUCCUGUGUGUGUAGUCACCAAUUAAAACAGUGCUCCCAGGGACUCUUCCAGGUCCCUCGCUAGUACCUGUCAUCUGACACUUCCAGAGUCUGGAAAGGAACAUGCCCCAGAUCAGAACUGACCAUAAGGGAAGGAACAGCUCCCCUAAAAGCCCAUCCUGGCUUAGCUGAAGACUGGAGGCAAAUGUCUUGGCAGCACUUUCCUAUAGAGCCCCCAUUCACACAGGCUCUUGGGUCCUUUUGGCAGCAGCCAAGGAGUUAAAUUGCUACCUGCACAGUCCCUGAUAGCCAAGAGAACUGCCCAUAUGACCAGUUGAAGCAGAACAGGCUCAGGGGAGGAAGCACGUCUUGUGCACUGACGUGCUGCUGUCUUCAUUGAUCCAGCAGAAGGAAGACAGAGCUCUGCAGAACACCACUGAACUAGGGUAGUGCUGGUGCAGGCCUGAUGCUCAGAGAGCUCAGUUCACUGGGUCUGUAACAGCGAGGCCAGUCCCCAGCCAGGGGCACUGCGCUCUAGUUAAGGGAGCUCAGGAAAGCCCGGAGUCAUUUCUUUUCUGCAUAGCUGGUUUUACACAGAACUCGGUGGAUGUAGUGCAUGGUCAGUGGCCUUCUGCUGAGUCCUACGGAGCCAGCAAGCACCUCCCAUUAGCCAGUGACCCUGUCCAGCUCUCUGAGACACUACCACAAACUCCGCUUUGUUCAGCAGGUAGGGGAGGGGUUAGAACUCACCGCCGUCUCCCUCUGGGGAGGCGUAUUGCAGGGCCAGGUUAAGUUAGCCUAUCCGCUGUCUGAGACACUGACUCCCUGCAGCAGGACAAGCCAAAUAAGAGAGUAACUCGGUCAGUGGCUUGGAAGCCAUGGAAAGUGAGGGGGCCUGAGCACUCCAGCUCCGAACAAAGGGCCUGUCAGUGCCUGGCCUCUGCCACCCCCACCCCUCUCUGGUACUCAGGAACAUCCUGAGCAUGGCAUUCGGGAACAGACCUCACUUAGCCACUGGACUAAGUUUAGACAGGAGCUUGCCUGGCACUGCGAAGGGAAGCCGGAGUCACAGAGACAGCCGUGCUCUGGGCAGGAGAGCCGCUUCUGACUCCUCCAUGAAGCCCUCUAAAUAAGCAGUGUUCAGAGAGCACAUGGGACUUCAAAUGGAUCUGUGCUUCUAUUCAGUCUGCACAUUCUCCUUCAUCACAGUACAGUCUUUACAUACGCACCCACUGGCCUGUGAACACCCCUGCAGAGCCUUAUUCCAUAUGGCAUAAUCUCUGCAUUGCAGUGGUAUUGCACUCUGCCUAGGGAGUGUGUCUAAAAGCGAAGGCCCACAAGGUACACGGUUUCAUCUUCCCCAGCCCCUUUCGCACUCGCUUUGGCUCAGAGGUGAGUGACACGCACAGAAGAAAAGGCCUCUUCUCCCUGUGGGCUCGAUCCUGUGCUCAGUAAGACCACUGACUUCAGUGGCAGCUCUCAAACCCAGCUAGCAGCAGGGCAUGCUGGAAAUACAGGAGUCCCUUUGGUUGGAACAUUUAUCAAUUUCAGCAGCACUUCUGGCUGAGCUGAGCCACUGACUGGUGCCUUACAACCCUGUGCUCUGUGUGCUAAUUAGUCAACCACAGGGAGUGUCACACCCUUCCUGCUGGUCAGCUGCUCCAGCGCUUGUGACUGCCUUCUCCUGCCCAGCUCUCAGUUUAUUCACUGACUAGUGGCUCAUAGGAAACCUGAAAGGAGGGUGUUGGGGUCAGUUCAAGUAACAUUCCAAACAAUGUCCUUUGGGGUUUCCCCCUGACUUGUAUGUUCAUAAAACUUUCUAAUUUCAUCUUUGAAUCCAGGAAGACUCAUGAUUAUAAAUAAAAAGCACAUGAUGGAGA